GCUCAGUAGUAUUUGGCUGGCGUUCGUGAAUCAAUCUCUCUGCAGUCUGCACCACCCAUGUUCUCCAUCACGUUGUCGUCGAUUCCCUCCAUAAUUCGUGCAAAAAGAUGCUUUCAACAUUCAAAUCCAGUUCAUGUUGCUGCUGCUGCUGCUCUUGCUACGGCUACCCCUGCCAUCAUGAACAAACGAUUAAUCAGUGCAUUUGUUCAAAAUGAUAGAUACAUUAUUGUGCGGGAGGAGGAUGCCGAUGCAGAUGCCGAUGAAAAUGAAAAUUUAAAUGGAAAUGCCAUGAAAUUUCCCGGUGUUUGGUUACGUGACAACUGUCGUUGCCCCCAGUGCUUUCAUCAGAGUUCACAGAGUCGCCGAAUCGACUGGGACAAGUUUGACAUAAAAGUGAAAGUGCAAGAUAUUUCGGCUGACAAGCUUGAGAAGUCAAUUACUGUGAAGUGGAGCGAUCAACAUUCUUCUACGUAUGACUUGAAGUGGCUUAGAGAACGAGACUUUAAUGCAAGAAGCCGGAAUAAGUACUUGACAGAGUUUUAUCGACCGAAGCCUGUGCAUUGGCGAAAAACAGAUUUUAACAAUGUUACAAAUGUCUUCAAGUUUGAUGAUGUCAUAAAUAACGAUAAUGAUCUUCAAAAAUGGCUUGAAUCCCUUGCUGUGUAUGGAGUUGCAAUCAUUGAAGACUCUCCAUUGGAAAACGAUGUCGUUCGACGUUUAGCUGAUAGAGUUGGUUUUAUUCGGAAAACAACUUAUGGUGAAGAAUUUAUCGUUCAAUCAAAGCCAGGAGCAAAAAACUACGCUUAUUUAUCAGAUAAAUUACCUCUUCACACUGAUUUACCGUAUUACGAGUACAAACCUAGUGUCAACAUUCUCCAUUGCGUAGUUCAAUCUCUGUCCAAGGGCGGAAGUAAUACCUUGGUUGAUGCCUUCUAUGUAGCAGAUCAAAUGAAAUCAAAAUAUCCAGAUGAAUUCAAAGUAUUAACUGAAACAAUAGUUGACUGGAAUGAUAUUGGCAUUGAAGAUGGAAAACCCUUUCACAAUAUUUGGCGAUCACCGGUUAUUUGUUUAGAUAAAGAAGGUAACUAUGCGAGGAUUAACCACAGUAUACCCCAGAGGGAUAGUCACUUUUCCGUUGACCUUGACACAGUCAUUCCAUGGUACGAAGCUUAUUCGAAGUUCGUUCAACUAGCACAAACAGAAGCAGCUGAGUUCAAAACAAAGCCGGGAGAUAUUUUGACAUUUAACAACAUAAGGCUGCUUCAUGGACGAACAGCAUACGAUGAUACUGACGAAAACGUUAGAUACAUUGUUGGGGCCUACAUGGAUUGGGACAUUAUCUAUUCGAAGCUAAGAAUUCUAAAAUCAAAAAGGGAAACAUUUUAGCUAUUUAUUUAAAUAAUUGAAAAUAUAUUUUAAAUUAAUUUAAUAAAUA